AUGACAAAUGAGACAACUGUAACUGAAUUUAUUCUAAAGGGCUUCUCAGACGUGCCUGAACUGAGGCUCAUUAGCACCAUCUUUUUCCUUUUCAUCUAUCUCUUUGCCCUCCUGGGAAACAGCUCCAUCAUUGCAGCUGUGAGCCGAGACAGCCGCCUCCACAUUCCCAUGUAUUUCUUCCUGAAGAAUCUCUCUUUCUUGGACAUGUGCUACACCACAGUCAUCUUCCCCAAGGCACUGAUUAAUUCACUCAUGGGUUCAGAAGUCAUCUCCUUUUGGGAAUGUGUGGCUCAGCUCUUCUUAUUUGUAACGCUGUGUGCUUCUGAGUGCUUCCUGCUCACCUCUAUGGCAUAUGACCGUUGUUUGGCCAUCUACAAGCCUCUCCUUUAUGGUGUCAUUAUGAGCAGAAAGCUGUGUACAGAGCUUGUUAUGGUGGCCUGGUUGAGCGGAGCUCUCUAUGCCAUCUUUCACACCAUCAACACCUUCUCCCUCCAGUUCUGUGGGCCUAAUGUCAUUGACCACUUUUUCUGUGACAGCUCCCCUAUCAUGAGACUCUCCUGCAGUGACUCCCACACCAACGAGGAAGUUGGAUUUGUGGUGGGUGGGUGUACUAUUCUUGGUGCCUUUGCCCUCACCAUCAUCUCCUAUGUUCUCAUCAUUGCUACCAUCGCUCGGACCCACUCUGCUGGUAGCCGUUGGAAGGCCUUUUCCACCUGCUCCUCUCAUCUUACUACCAUCAUUCUAUUUUAUGUCACUGGGAGCAUUGCUUACCUGAGACCUACUUCUCAUUACUUCCCCCUUCAAGGACGGCUAGUGUCUGUGUUUUACUCCAUUCUAACACCUAGUCUUAAUCCUGUUGUUUACUGUCUGAGAAACACAGACAUGCAGGCGGCCCUAAAGAAACUAUUUGUCCCAUCCAAAUAG